AGGGCGAAACAGCAGCAGGAAAAUAAAGCAAAAUAGUUUACUGCAGACGCUGCGUUUUUCGGGCAGGUCCUUGGAAACAACUUCCACCCCACACCGACGGGGCGUGCGUGCGGCCGAGCGUCGGUGAUCGGUGCUUGGUGCUGGUGUGCUAGUAGUGUCUAUGCUCCUCAGCUGAGACCGAUGUGCCAGUGUGCGCGUGUGUUUGCUUGUAGUUUCAAGGAAAAAAUCUACAAUCCAAGUAGUGCUCCGUCGUUGGAAAGGUCGUGCGCCCGAAAGUGCGUUCCGUGAAUCACAAGGCGAAAUGGUGGUGCCGUUGGAAGUGGUCUUUUAAAGUAUGUGUUCGUCAAUUUUAGUCGUGACCAAAAUUACGGAGCCCUUAUCGGUUGCCUUCGGGAAUGCGUGCGAUAGAAGCAUUUUGAAGUAGAGCACUUUUAAGCAAAACGGUUACGAGCCUAACGGUGGUGUCUUCUAGCGGGCGAGGUGAUUUUUCUGCUUCGAGCAAAUUGUGCGGGUAAUUCGAGGCCGAGUGAGUGGUUAUUCGCGCUUUUGCUUCAGUUUUUAGUUCCGUGAAAUACAAAUAUUUACCCACUUGAAGCAAAAUAAAACCGGUACCGAUUCGGUGGCAACUGCAAAACGGCAGCCCGUCACGUACCAGAAUCUGACCAUUCUUGCGAGGAUUGCUAACGUGCGGCGGCGGCGGCGGCGUGUGGUUGAAGGAAAACCGACACCCGCGUAGUGUUUGACCAACGCAGCAUCAUCAAUCGCAAACGGCAGCAGUCAUGGCGGCGCAGGAGAUCGAAAUAAUCAGCACGUCGUGGGGGAAGGAACUUUGGGAUCAGUACGACAACCUGGCGACUCACACGCAAAAGGGGAUCGACUUUUUCGAGCGAUUUGGACACUUUAUCCGCGAUCGCAGUGCCAUUGAAGUCGAGUACGCGCUGAAGCUGAGACGGCUAGUGAAAAAUUAUCAACCCAAAAAGAACAAAGAGGACGAUGAAAACGAAUUUUCCACGCUGGUCGCGUUCAAGAAUGUCCUGAAGGAGGUGGCCGAUCUGGCCGGGCAGCGCGAGGUGGUGGCCGAGAACCUCCAGAACCAGGUGCUGCAGGGCAUUAUGCUGCUGGCGAAGAAUCUGCGCGAGGAGCGCAAGAAGUCGCUCACCCAGGGCGCCCAGCUGACGCAGACGCUCCACACACAGAUCGGCACGCUCGAUCGGGCGAAGCGCAGCUACGAGAAGUCGUUCCGCGAGGCGGAGAAGGCGAUCGAAAGCUACCACAAGGCGGACGCCGACUUCCACCUGAGCCGGGCCGACGUCGAGAAGCAGCGGGUCAACAUGAACAUACGCAACACGCUGUCGGAGGACGCGAAGAGUGAAUACGCCAACCAGCUGCAGAUCACCAACAAGCUGCAGCAACAGCACUACCAAGCCGCCCUUCCGGAGGUAUUCAAUCGCCUGCAGGAGCUGGACGAGAAGCGAACGCGCGGCAUGAAGGAGUUCAUCAAGCGGUCCGCGGACGUGGAGUGCGAAGUGUCACCCAUUAUUGCCCGCUGUCUCGAGGGGAUGGUCAAGGCGGCCGAUUCCAUCAACGAGAAGGACGACUCGAUGAUUGUCAUAGAAAAAUAUCAGUCCGGUUUUCAGCCGCCGGGCGACAUACCGUUCGAGGACCUCUCGAAGCCCGACUCCGACUCCUCCAACAACUCACAGACGCACAACUCCAGCACCGGACUUAACCACAUGACGGGGAAGGGCACCACGAAGGAGAAGCUGAAAAAGCGCGUUGGCAUAUUCGGUAUCUUCACCGGUAACAAGAAGAUCCUUGAAGCCUGCAUACAUGUAAAGAACAAUCUUACCACGGACGGUCUGAAGGAGGAUUUCAGCGAUCUGCCACCGACGCAGCGACGAAAAAAGCUAACCGCCAAGGUGCAGGAACUGCAACAGAAGGUGGCCCAGGAGCAGGCGGCCAGCGAUGGACUGAUGAAGAUGAAGGGCGUCUACGAGGCGAACUCGAUGCUGGGCGACCCGCGAACGGUGGAGGAGCAACUGAACGAGUCCGUCAAUCGGUUGGACCGGCUUCGGAUCGAACUGCAGCGCUACCAGAAACUGCUCGACCAGGCCAACAGUCAAACGGUCAGCCAGCACAGCCCCCAGGCAAACCGCGUGAUACAGAAUGGGCAGCGAUCGUCCAGACAUUCCAACGGUAGCAGUAAUCACGAGAACAACCAUCACGACGACAACGGUGAAGACCAUCCCGACGAUGCCGGUAGCCUUAGCAGGUCAGCUUCCGAAAGUAGUGUACAGCAAGCGCAAAAUGGGCUUAACAUUAACAACAACGGCAGCUCGGCGAGUCCGGAAAGUGGGCUCGGUACAUCGCAUACGUCGCUACCGGGCUCGGGACAAGGAAGUACCAACGAGCAGGCAAUGAACGAGGAGUACUACGAAGCGGACACGCCAUUGGGAACGUGCCGCGCGCUUUACCCAUUCGAUGCGACGAGUGAAGGCAGCAUUCCAAUGUCCGAAGGUGAAGAACUGCAAGUGAUAGAGGUGGACCAGGGCGACGGCUGGACACGGGUGCGACGGUUUAGCACGAAGGGUUGGGAGGAAGGAUUCGUACCGACCAGCUACAUUGAAUGUACGCUGUACGCGUAGUGUUGAUCACGCGGAAUCACAUCCUCUGAAGCCUUCACUACCGAUACGGGCGUGAAGGAAGAAACUGUAAAUAGCACCAUGUAAUCGACGCUGUGCCCACGAUGCAAUGUGACCGGUCCGCAGCUUCUACAUACACACAGACACAUCGCAUAUGCUUUAGUCGACAAACAAUUAGUGGCAAUAAAAAAUAGAACACUAUCACCGGUAAGCGACCGACGACGGGACGCUAAGAGGGGCGCCUCAUGACCGGCCGAGACAGUGGCCCACUUCCGCGAGUGCAACACGAGUCCCGCCAGUUUCGAGCGCGAGCGUAUAGCGCCUCACCAUUUAGUAAAAUUAUUUUUAAUUUUCCCAUGCGUAUUAUUGAUUCUAAGCUGCGUUAGUAAAGUACUGUCCGCGCGGUAGUAGCUCUUUGUUGUUUGCACGCAGAAGGGUCAAGUUGGUAAGGCGCACGUGCGUUUUCGCGCUCCGCAACACCCAAUCCCAGACUGUUUCGUCCGCAUUUUUCCGUUCAUCUCCUUCACUGGGUGGAGUUUUCUUUAUUAUUUUAUUUUUUAGCUCAGCAAACCGAGAACGGUCUCCCAAAAAGAAAGUUCGCUUGGUACGGAAAUUACGCUAAUAGGAAGUAAGAAAACAACUUUCGAGGGAGGAAUGAAUUAAAUGAAGAAAGAAAAAACACAGGGAGACUCCCGCCCAUACGGAUUUGAUGACGGAGGUGAACUGAAACGCUUUGGAGCUAGAAUUUUACCCCAUUUGAGCUUUUUAUGCUGAAUUUUUUUACGAAAUGACGCAGUUCUACGUUGAGUAGGUCCAUUCUUUCAAUACUCCGUUUACUUCUAUCUGUAUCUUUCGCAAGCGACGGAGUUUAAUGCUGACAUCAUAUCUUUAAUAUCGUAAUUAUCAUCCGCCUCAUCAUCAUCAUAAACACACACACCCACACAAGCGCCCAGCCCAGGAGCGGGUGUAAACUGUGAGUAGAAAAAGCAUAGUACUAGCGUGUAGGGUAGGUUUAUAAGAGGAUAAUUGCUACAAAAGGAGGGAACUGUAAAAAAUGAUAAGAUAACCGUGCGUUGGCGAAAUCGCCGAAACGGAAAGAGAAGAGAAUCAAAAGAGUGUGGCGCGUUGGGUGGCGGCGAGUGCGCGCCUCGCCCUUCCCGCGACGGGGAACUUUAUCACUUUCGUACAUUUCCAUUUUGGGUUUAUCGUUAUCGAUCAGCCAGCGAUGUUAGGAAAGGGUUUCAACCGAAUUAAACAACCGAAACCGCGCACCCAUACACCCGCGCAAUGCGCAAAGCAUGUUGACCGCGCAAGUUCUUGUUCGCCUCAUAAUCGCUAGAUGUGUGAGUCGCGUUUUCGUGGUCGAUGGUUACAAUAUAAACGAGCAAACACAACACGCAAAAAUUACUUCAUUUAUCGUACAUACAAAAUAACAAAGAGUAAACGUUCAAGCUAGAUAACAGCCGAUUAAUCUUAUUCAACUGUGUAAACCCCAGUCCUAGUGUCACUAGUUCGCUAUCCGGUAUACCGUUGUUACCAACUUCGUAACUAGUAGUAAACGAAAACCAAUCCUUUGUGUGGCGCUCAUACGGGAACAUAUACCUGAAUAUACGAAAACACAAUGGUGUGCCUACGAAGCACUGCUCGAUUUAGGGUUUACAACAUUAGCACGUUCGAUUACAAGCAAACCAGACAAACAGUGACGACAUGACGAAAUAAAGCUACUCAAUAACUCUGGAAACACUCUAUAUUUGUACGAGAAGAGGUACCUAUUUAUGAUUCCCGACCGAAAUCCAAUCCUUGCCCCUUCCCAGAAGAUCUAAUAAUCCACGUUUGACAAUUCAAUCACAGACACACCGAAACAAUCGUAAAGUGCAGUUCAGUUCGAGCACCAUUUGCGCCACGGCGACCGGAGAAGUGAUCCUUACAUUGCUUUGUAUUGAUAUUACAGUUCAACAGAUUCAAGUAGGGAUUGAGAAUUACACAAAACGGACAAAGCUAAUCGAACUCGUAAUCGAAAGUGAUUCGAGAGGCGAUAUGAAUUGCAGUGAGGAGGACUUUCCGAAGGAGAUAAAAGUGAAAAUACAGACGAUUUAGAAGGAAAUGUCUAAAACAGAUCGCCGCGUCAGUUCCUGUUUCUCUGGCGAACGAGAUCGAUAAAUAGCGUCAACGGCAUUGUAACGCAAAACAACACUCUUCAAUACAUACACACAUUCUCUGCUCAUAGUA